GAACUUCUUGUCAAAUGGGCUGGAAUGUCUUAUAGGCAUCUCUCAUGGCUACCUGCUGAGUGGGUCAGGCGUAUAAAUCCAGUAGCUCUUUCUAUGUUCGGAACAAAAUACGGUGUAAAUGAGUUCCCACCAGAGGAAGAAAUCGUUCUAAGAGACUGGCUGUUUGUGGAUCGUAUUCUCGACAUCGAUUUUACGUCUAGUUCAAAUAAGCGUAUAUUUGCAAAGUAUCGUGGAUUACCAUAUGAUGAAGCUUGUUGGGAUACUAUACCAGAAGAAGGCUCCGAACAUUUCCCAGUCUAUAAAGAAGCGUUAAGAAGAUAUUACAUAGGUCAGAAAGUCAAACCACCUUCCAAAAUGAAAAUUCGGGUUGAAGAAGUCAGGAGAGUUGCUACCAAGGAAAGCUACUCCAAGCAUGAACUUAAGAAACAACCGGACAUCAUAAAAGGAGGAACCCUUAUGCCGCAUCAAUUGGAUGGUCUAAAUUGGAUGCUUUACCAAUGGGAACGCAGUCAACCUUGUAUUCUUGCUGAUGACAUGGGAUUAGGAAAAACUAUUCAAGUGGUUGCUUUUCUAUACUACCUACUCAAGAAGUUUGGAAUUUAUCCUUUCGUUGUUGUUGUACCCAACAGUACAUCCGAGAAUUGGUUGAGAGAAUUUAACAAAUGGGCUCCAGAAAUGUCGGUUGUGCCUUACUAUGGUUCAGCAAAGUCGCGCGAACUGGCACGCAAACACGAAAUAUUUUCAGGCAACCCGCACAGCGCAAACAGAGAAAUCUGUUGCCACGCAGUCAUCAUGACCUACGAAUCCGCAUUAUCUGACGCACAAUACUUUAAAAAAUCCGUGUUUUGGCCUAACCUUAUUGUAGAUGAAGCCCAUCGGCUAAAGAACAAUGCUAGUCUAUUGUUUCGAAAACUCAAUACACUAAAUACCGAUCAUCCCGUACUAUUGACAGGAACACCGCUACAAAACAAUAUUCGAGAGUUGAUGAACAUCAUGAACUUUGUUGAUCCAUCUAAAUUCCAACACUUGAAAGAAUUGGAGGAGAAAUACGGCGAACUAUCGCACGAUACUAUCCAAGAGUUACACGAACAACUCAAGCCUUACUUCCUCCGACGAACAAAGAAGACGGCUCUGAAGGAACUGCCGCCGAAAUCCGAGAUCAUUGUGCCCGUCUCAAUGACCAGUUUACAGAAAGAAGUGUACAAACAAAUCUUGAGCCAAAAUAUCAAGUCAUUUAAAGAGUAUUCCGUGGGUACAAAACAAGCCAAUGGCUCUACCAGAGUAAGCCGCAAUAUCCUCAUGGACCUGAGAAAGGUAUUGAACCAUCCGUACUUGAUCGAAGACGUCGAGGUCCACCAACCCGAUCAGGAAUCAGUCCACCGGGCGCUCAUCGAUGCCUGUGGAAAACUCCGGAUAUUGCAUCAGAUGCUUCCGAAACUCAAGCGAGACGGACACCGCAUCUUGAUCUUCUCGACCCUCAGAUUGACCCUCGACGUUCUAGAAGACUAUUUGAAAGUUGAACAGCACACUUAUCGGCGUCUGGACGGCAGCUGCUCUCAACUUGAGAAAAUCAGUGCAAUCGACGCAUUUAACUCCCCAGACUCUGAUGUGUUCAUCUUCCUUCUUAGUACUCGAGCCGGAGGUGUGGGUAUCAAUCUUGCAACUGCCGACACAGUUAUCGUCUGGGACCCUGAUGCUAACCCACACGCCGACAUGCAAGCCAUUGGUAGAGCAUACCGAUUCGGGCAAAAGAACCCUGUACUGGUGCUAAAAUUCAUGACACGACUUUCGGCCGAAGAAAAGAUCAUGCAUGUUGCGAAGAAAAAGAUGGUCCUCGAUCACUUGGUAGUAGAAAAGAUGGAUGAUGAUGAUCUGGAGUCAAAUGACAUCGAGAGCAUCCUAAAGUACGGCAGCAAGGCCUUGUUCGAAGGUGACAAUUCAAAAGAUAUCGUCUAUGACUCGGCAGCGAUCGACAAACUCUUGGACCGGUCAAAGAUCGUCAAGGAUAAUUCGGAUGAAAAUGCCGAUGGAGAAGAUGGAGAAAAAACAUUGUCAUUUUCAUUUGGAAAAGUCUGGAGCUCAAGUACC